UAGAACUUUGUUUGUAUUGGUGAUUGGAAUGUUUACAUUAUGAUUACCGUCUUGUGCGCUUGUAUCACAAAAUUUUUUAUUACAGCUAUCACAUACGCCAUGAACGUCACGUUACGUUUCUCGUAUAUUCAGAUAUGAAAGUGCUUAGAAUUAAUUUUCCUAUUUUCGCUUUUGAGGAUUAGUACAGGCUAUUAAAAGAUGUCUAGUAUAAGUUGGUCCGAAUUAUUUCCUACAAAAUUCAGUGCAGUAAUUUUUGUGUCGUAUAUGGCACUUUUCAUCAAUCAAGGCCUCAUUGUAACUGCUUCACAAGACUCCGACAGCUCCUAUGGAUAUAACACAGUCACCGUUGUGUUGAUGACUGAAAUAGUCAAGCUUAUGGUGUCAAUAUGCCUUUAUUGCAAAAACCACUCUGUUUCAUCUUUACUAACAGAAGUUCGAAACUCCAGAGUGCUUCGUCUCUACUUUGUCCCGGCGUUUCUCUACUGCCUGUACAACAACCUGGCUUUCGUGAACCUGUCUGCGUUCGACCCGACAACAUAUUACUUGCUGCUUCAGUUUCGAGUGGUUGUAACAGGCAUUGUGUUCCAGUUGCUGUUCAAGAAGAUACUAAGUGCCAAGCAGUGGCUGUCGCUGGUGCUGCUUACUAUUGGCUGCAUGAUCAAGCAGUAUGACAUCUCUAGCCCUGCCACCGCAGGGAGUAUUACCAAAGCAGAAGUCCCGAAUCCACAGUCGUGGAACUUCAACAUCAGUAUUAACGCAGUACUUAUUCUAGUCCAGAUUGUGUGCUCGUGCUGUGCGGGAGUGUACAACGAGUACCUCCUGAAGGGGGACGCGGCCAGCGUCAACAUCUACGUCCAGAACGUGUUCAUGUACGUGGACUCCAUCGUGUGCAACCUGGGCGUCCUGCUGGCGCAAGGGAGCUUCGUCGCCGCCUUCUCGCGCGAGUCCCUGUCGUCGGUGCUGGCGCCCAAGGUGCUGGUGAUAGUGCUGAACAACGCCGCCAUCGGCAUCGUCACCAGCUUCUUCCUCAAGACGCUCAACUCGAUCCUGAAGACGUUCGCGAGCGCCCUCGAGCUGUUCUUCACCGCCAUCCUGUGCUGGCUGCUGUUCGGGAUCCCCAUCUUCGUGAACACCGUCGUGGCGAUUUCGAUCGUCUCGUAUGCCGUGGUGCUGUACUCCCAGAACCCCGUCGUGAACCAGCCGAAAGCCAGCCGAGAAGAGACGGAGGCGUUGGUGGAGCCGGAGAGCGUCUAGCUGUGUGUUGCCUGAUCAACGCAGAGUUGCGAAUGUGCUUUGUUUUUGCAUUGUUUCAGCUUUAAGGAUGCUGUAUUUGUGUGUAGGUCAGUGUAUUUUUUUUAUUACUAAAAGUACUUUUCAAAUGUAUUACCAAGAACCGUUUUCAAAAGAUUUUAAGUCUUGAAAUACUGAAUCCUAUUUACCUUUCUCGAUAUUAUGAAUGGUGUGUUACGUACGUAUGCAUACAUUCCUGAAAUGCUUGAAAUUACAAUAUUCUAGGACAGAGGCUUGUUAAUUUAUUAAUCUAAAGUCUUCGUAUAUUGUGUGUAGCAUCAGCAGAUGGAAAAUAGGGUUUCUAACAUUGACUUGUUUGCACAUUACAAAUUAAUCUAAAUAUUUUACUAUUGUUUGACUUUUUUUGGUGCCUUAGUGUAUGGAAAUAUAUAGUGUGACUCUUUUUAUAAUGCUAUAACCUGUCACUACUAAUAGGCCUGCCACCAAUAUAAUUUUCGAAACCGUAUUAAUAUUUUUGUUAAAAUAGUAUUAUAGAUUUGAUGUACAUGUAAAAAAAAAAAUGUACAUGUAUAGUUUUUCUCAAGUACACAAUUCACUUUGAUGCAGUUUUUUUUGUUUGCAUUUUCAAUGUAGGAAACCCACAGAAAAUUACACACAGUCAGUAUACCAAAACUUCCAAGAAAUGAUCAGUGGUGAUACACCUUCUUAGGACAUUCCGUAUCAGUAGCUUUGGAAUCUAGCGUAGAAUCUUCCAAGAAAACUUCUGUUGUGUCAUGUAGCCGUACUUAUUUUUUCAUUCCUGCCUCAUAAAUUUCUUAGGUAACCUUUUUUUAUUCUUCAUAUACAUAGCAGGCAAUUAUUUUCCUUAGCCACACACUAUAUUGUAGAACUAAUGGGAACUUGAUAUCAAGGACUGAAGAGUAUUUAUAUUUUCCUAGCAUUUUCAAAUUGGUACUUUAGUUCCUAUGUUUUGCUAUGUUUAAAAUCACAUAAUUAUUAGUUUUUACUGCUUAAAAAUUUUUCCUUGUAUGUAUACCAAAGUAUGUAUUGUAUUGAUGUUAAUCUUACCAAAUAACAUCACUUACCUGUUAGUGUGUUAGAAUUUGUCUCAAAUUAUAUGUUACCUAUAUAUUAUUUGUUAAUUUUUUUAUUAUUGAAACUAAAAAUGUAUUAGUAGAGCAAUAAUUUUUUUAAAUACAUAUUUAUUAUAGCAUGAUCAUUUGUAAUAUAUUUGUGUAUGCACAAGUUUGUGUUUCUCAUUGUUAAGUUUAAGAGCACAAAUUUUUAUAUAAUUUGAAUCAUCAUAUUUUCUUGUUUUGAAGUGUUCGAUGAUUUUUUUUUUGAUAGUUAUAAUGUUAUAAUGUAAUGUAAUUAAAAAUUAUUAUGUAUUUUGAUGUAUUAAAUGUGCUGUGUUUGUGGUUAACAGUUGCUAGAGUUUAAACAUUUUAUAGCUUCGUAGCUGAUUUCAGGAAUAUUUAUUCACUAGCUGUGAGUAUCAGUGACAGGUUAGGUCUCAUUGUAUAACAAAGCAUUGUGAUUCACUUAGGUUCGAGGAGGGAUGUUUUUUAGUUUGUAUCUCUUUACUGUUCAUCCUUAAUGAAAAAGCCAAAACAUAAGGGCUCAAAUGUAACUUUACAAAUGUGUAGAAGAAAAUAAAUUUCAUUCUUUGAAUAAUCAUGGUAACUUUUUGAGCUCAACACUUAUAGUGUUCCGAGAUUGAGUGUGUGUAUUAGUUCCCAGUUACAAAGUCGGGUGUGUAAGAUCUAAGGUAAUUCUAUGCUAAAGAGCCACCCAGGAUCCUACAAUAACUUUACAUGUUGUGGAUAGACUCACUGGAUGUUCCAUGUGCCAUACCGGAAAAAAAAAGUUGUAGAUGUGUUCCCAUGUAACAGAUAGUUUUACUCCAAGUCUAUGUGAUUAAGUGCAUUGUGGAUCUCAGGGUGAAGGGGGUGAGGGUAAAGGGUAGUUGGGAAUGCACACAUGACUGUGACAAGUGUUAGAAAGUUGCUGGAGCCUGCAUUGCAUAUUGUUCAUGGUGCUAGCAAUUUCAGGUGAUGAUAUUGGCUCAUGAAGUAUUGUUAUUCAUGUUUCAGUGAAGUGUCAACAACAGAAGUGUUUGUAAAAACAAUACAGGCUGAGAUACGUACUAUUGCAUGUUGCAUUGAGCCUGUCGCUACUGCGAGGGUAAAUCGGUUACUACUGUAGCUUGUGGUUAAUUCACUGUACAUACCUAGAGGCAAGUAUAUAUGGUGAAUACCGAUAAAACCAGAAUAACACUGAACUUGAAGUCAAUGCAAAUACAAGGCAAAACACAAAAUGCAGCAAAAUUCACCUCUGUUAUCUAGGGGUGAGCCGAUCACCACAUUUUCCGAUCAUGCCGAUGCCAGAAAUGUGGUACCGAUCAUGCCGAUUUUUUUGACCGAUUAGUGCUUUUUUAAGUUGGUUGUAAAAUAUGCUCCAAAUUACUUAAGUUAAAUAAUUUUACUUGAAACUACUCAUUACUGAAUACCCUAAACAAAUAGGUUACAUAUAUUUAUAUGACAAACUUUUGAUUUAGACACUGAUUUUUAGUUGUUCCCAUAAACUUAUUUUGAAAUCUAUUAACCCCUUUAGCAAAAUCUAUAACACACUGUUGACCAACUAAUCAUCAUCGUCACACAAUUCGAAAAUGAAUGUUUGUUUACAUUUUUCCGCUUUUUGGCGCGAUUUAAAAUGCUUUCUGCUUGAUAUUAAGACGCUGUUCCAACUAUAUGCCAGCGCCCCCGGCUGGCGUGGUAUGUCCACUCACGUAAGGCUGUUCCAAACACCGUUCGCCCAAUCAUCUGCUUGCUUUUGUAUUUAUCGGGUGUCGCUGUUCCAAGCUGACGUCAGUGCCCCGAGCGGUGUACGUAGGCUUUAAAACUUCGCCUGUUUGUCUUAUCUAUCCAAACAUUAUGCCGGAAAGGAAAAUAAGCGCCGUAGUUUUACGUAUUUUUACAGUAUACUUUUGAGUUUAACAUUAUAACGUGAGCGUGUGUAAGCUUUUGUUUGCUUUAGUGCAUUUAUGACUAAUGUUCAGUGGCGGCCAUGUUGCGGUGUUUGUUUAUCAGUGAUAGACAAGUAUUUUGCCCAGUAUUUAAAUUUCACUUAAAAACACUGCAAUUUCGCGUUUAAAUACUAAAUUUCGUGUAAAAACGCUGUGUUAUGGCGAUUUCGCGUAAAAACUGUAUUUUACUGUGAUUUCGCGUUUAUCGUCGUUUAAUCGCGAUCGCGAAAAGAACAGGCCCCUAUGCAUGACUUAUUAAACAAUUUGGUGUGCUUUUGUUUACUCUUUUUUAACAAACGUACUUUUCAUGAAUAUGUUUAUUUUUUAAGAAUAACUUUACUUAAUUUUUUUUUCUGCAGAAAAGAUUAAAACACGUAACGUAAAUGUUACUUUAAAACGUCAAGCAACAGUUUUGAAGCAAAAAAUAUGUCGGCGCUUUUGUGUUACGUAGAGAUUUUUUUUGUCUUCAGAAAGCGGUAAUCGGCAAAAAGGAUCGGCAUGCAUGAAGCCGAUCAUGCAAAUGACAAAAAUGACCAAAAUCGGCCGAUCUUAAUAAUCGGCAAUCGGCAUCGGCUCACCCCUACUGUUAUCUAAUUUGGUCUAAUAAAAUACAGAAUUAUUUCCAAAAUUUUUAGUUUAGGGUUUUAAUAAAAACCUUAAAUGUUUUGUUUAACUUUAAGAAUAAAAAUGAUAAGGAAACUUGUCAAAGUGUAAAAACCAUAGAAUUCUUUGUUCUAAACAUUACAUUUAAAAAUUAUUGUUAUGCUGUAUUUUUUAUUUUCAGAUUUAAAACUUUCUCAUGAACUGAGGAACAUUACAGAUGAAUAUUGAAUGUUUUAGUGACAGUUUGCUGUUUAACUUACUCUCAUCAUGUACGUAUUAUUGUUUUAAGUGAACACAUUUUAAGUGUCUUACCACGAAUUGUCAAAGCAGUUGAUCAAUGUUAUUGUACUGAUAUGUACUUAUUUAAUGCAUUUUAAUUUUUAAUGAUGAUAAGAGAUAAAAUCCACUAUUUUUAAUGAUGAAAUUUGCUUUUUUAUAUAACACCAUAAAAUCUUGGCUCCAACUGUGCCAUUAAUGGAUGCUAUGAACCGUACUCUAGUUUAAUGGAUAUUGACUAUUCUUGAAGGCUGUGCUGUUUUAUAAUGGGUUGCUAUAUUCUUAUUGAUGGAUAUAGGCUGUUCUUGCAGGAAGUUUUUGGGCCUGAAAUUGACCUGCUUAUUAGCCAACAGAGUUGUCAAAAAAAAAUGUGUAAUUGGUGCCUAGUUGAGGUUUUAAAAACCUUGUGUCACUUUGUAUCGAUGGGUGUCAUUGCAUUCGGUGUUUGAUGUGUCAUUCAUUACUAGUCCAUUUAAAUAGGUGCUGCAUAAAAUAACUUCAAAGUGAGUGUUGAAGUGCAAUUUGUAAACAGAUGUGAUGUCAUUGUUUGCACCUGCUGAUUGUGACAGUUCUGUUGAUUCGUAACCAGCGAUGGCCUCGCAUGCAGAAGAUGAAAAAUCUGUCUUCAUCAUAACUGUAGUGUGUGUUACUAAUGCAGAGUGUAAAAGAGUUUGUCACCCUUCUGUAGAAAAUUACUGACUUAAGAACCUUUAAAAUGAAGCAUUAGCAUCUGUGUUGUUUCAGAUUUCGUGCAAGACUUUUUCACAUCCAUGCCAUUGGAUUCCUCAGUUUGACACAGUCUGAUUUCUACGCUUCUUAGGAUAUAACACACCUUUGGUUUCAUGAGCAUAUGUAUAGCUGGAUUGCUUAGAAUUUUUUUUAAAACACUUUUUGAGAAAUCUGGUUGUUAUUUUUUUUUAUUGACAUAUUUAAUUUAAUGUCUGUUGGUAGCAAAGUUCAGUCAAAAUACCUUUUUUUUUUGUCUAACUGCACGGAUAAGGAUAAAUUCAAGUUAACCUUUAUAGGUUGAUCAAAUUAUUAAUGUUUUCCUACUUUUGCCUGAAGUCACAACUACAAGCUAGUCUUGCAAUCAAACCAUGUUUAUAAAAAUCACUACAAAAAUAUCUACUUAACAUUUAUGAAAAUUAAUUAUAAGGCAUGAGCCUAAAAAAGUUUAAGAGUUAAUUAAGUAAUAAAAAUUAGGAAUAUUCCAAUAACAGGAGAGAAAAAAAUUGUCUUUAAAACAAUUUGUACAUGUCCAAUGGGGUUUUGAACUGGUAUGGGUGUAUUUUGUAUCUUUGGGCAAGGUUAUUUGAAGAUAUGUCAGGGUGUUGUAAAAGGUCACAAAAGUUAUAGAAAAGUAACAGUUGAAGGUUUUGAAAUAAACAGAAAUGGUGCCGGAAGUCACAGAACUUGAAUUUUCGGCAGUUGUUUGUUGACUUUCAUCUUUCUAUUUGAUGCCUUACUUCAAUUUAUAGUCUCACAUUAAAUAUAAAUAGUUGGUAACUGACCACAUGAGUCACGUGUAAAUUAUCUCUGAAAAUAUUUUAAAUUUCUAACAUAAAAACAGCACGUUUGAGAGUAGUAGAUCAUUUUCAUAAUUUUUUUUAAAUUUUGCUUAUAUAUAAAAAUUUUAAUUUUAAUUUCCCUAUGAUUAGAGACAAGAUUGUAUAGUGAAUUCCAAUAGAACUGCAAUAACACUGAAAAACAUGCAAGUUAAUAUACCAUAGAGCAUCUAAAUGCAAGUUAUAUCAUGGAAUUAAGUAGCAUUUAAGCAAAACAAUUUAAUUUGUUUUGUUUUUCAUCUUUUAUUGAAUCACUUUUAAACCUCAAAUGCUCGCUAAUUUAUUCUUAAGUGUAGACUAAUUUAUUAGAAAUUAUUUUAUCAUAAAAAUGCAUAUAUAUUUUACCAUUAUUUAGGUUGAGUGUUAUAAAACAGCUUCUAUAGAAAUAAAACCAUAAAAUCUUGUCUCUACCAAUGAUUUAAAAAUACUUCUAUUUGGAAAGAUCUAGGAAAAGUCCUGAAAUUUGUUCACUAGUUAUUUGUAGACAUCCUAGAAGUGUGAAUGAACUAGGCAUAGAUAGUUUCCAUUUCUAAUUUCUGUAGAUGUACAAAACUGAAUUGAUUCACGUUAUUUAAUACUUUUUUCAUCUCAUUGUCUUAAAAUGCUAAAUGAGUCUAAAUGUAUAUAGUAGGACCAGCAUCUUCCAAGUUUCAAUGGGUAGUUUCUAUUGACCGUUUUAUUUCUAUAUUAAAUGCUUGACAUGCAUACAAUGUUCCUGGAAGGUUUUAACUGAGCAGAAUCCUUUCAUAGAUAAUACAUUUCCAUAAUAACCUUUUUGUUUAAUGUAGUCUCCCUUGAAAGGAAUAUAGGUCAUGAAUUUUAUGGCAAUAGAAAAUGGGAAACCCUAGUAAUUAGUAACUACGCGUAUGUAAUGUAGAAUGUGUAAAAGUUGAGCUACGCUCAAGUGUUCGCUUGUACUGUUUCAUAUCUCACUAGAGAAAAAAGAACUAAUUAGCCAGUGACAUUUUUAUAGUCCAAAACUCUUGUGUUAUAAAAAAAAAACAUGCGAGGGUUAAUAUAUAAGGAACAUAUUUGAAGGAUUACUAUACUUUUAGCUGAAGUCCUUUUAUUAAGAUGUUUUCACAAGUAUUAUUAUACACCAAAAAUAAGAGUACAAUUAUCUAAGGGGGUUUAUUACAACAAUGUACAUUGUUAUACUUUUUAUAGGUGUAUUUUUUAUAAUGAGUGCAAUAUUUUUGGAAAUAUGUUCAAUUUUAUAUUUAUUAUUAAUGUUAAUUUGUUAUAUAGUAAAAUAGAUUUUUUUUAAAAAGUCUGAAUUUUUUACUUUCCUAAGCUUUAAUCUAUAAUCUCGUUAAACAAAUAAUGUUUAUCUUUAAAUUUUGUAAUUUGACGUUAUUCAGACAGAGUACCGUAACUGAAAUAAAAUACUGGUUUGGCAAUUAAAAAUAAACUUAUUGUUGGUUAUGCUAUUUUUUUCUCAACUAUUAAUAAAACUUGUAAAUUCAAUGCUCUGUAUAUUUAGAGGAAAAUAUUUUGACUGGAAUUUGUAUGAUAUUUUGUGAAAAAAUGUUACAUUAUGCAUAUUCGUUGGGAAUUUUUUUACAAUUCUGUAAAUAUUUAAGUUUGAUACAAAUAUGUUUUGGCUUGUACUAUAUAUUUUUUAAAUAUAUCAGUAUUUCGUAUUAUGAUGGAAGCUUUAAGGUUUUUAUACAAUCCUUGAGAAAUUCAGUAGUUGAUCAAGGCUGGUAAAGAUGAGGUUGUCUUAGAUACUUGUGUAUGUGUUUGCGUAGGCAAUACAAUGUCAAUUGAAGUACCGUGCCAUAACCUUUAUAGACUAGGACGCUCACUGCCGCUAAACAUAGAUUCCUUUGCACACUGCGUAUAUGUUACAGGUUAGCGCUGCUGGGAAAAAAUAAAAUCAGUCCAAGUUUUUUCUGUUGAGUUUUCGAGUGUGAAUGGAAUAAUUUUUGUGUUAGAGCAACAAUCCUUUCAUUGUUUUAAUUCAACGUAAUAGAGCUUUAAAAUAGAACUAAGUUAUUAGUAAUCGGGUGUGCUUUAGCAGUACAUUAAUUCUCUACCUACAUUACUUACACUUGUGGGUAGUUUGAGAAUUAACUGUUUCAUGUGGAAAACUGUACUGCAUGGUUGUUUUCAAUAGCAAGAAAACUUUAGGCCAUAACUGUCACUACACCAGAAAAUAUAUAGUUCACUUAUUGAGUCUAUGUACGUAAAGAAACAAAACCUGAAAUUUUUGUGCGAUUCCGAUAGUUUUGCACCAACAGAAAGUUAAUUUUACUUGGCAGGGAGUGAUAGCUGGUGGCAAAAAUGUUUGGUUUAUACUGCAGUAAUUUAUCAUAACAUUUCAGUAGGUUCACGCAAAAAAAAAACUGAAACACAUAACUAAUAUAAACUUGUACUACAUGUUUACCUUUUUAUCAGACUAUAUAAGACGACUCUCUAAACAAGAUAUGGAAACAGAAUAAAUCAUUCGUUACAAACACCUGCUACUCCACUCUAAUGAUUUAAUAUUUUUGUUGGAUUGACAUUUAUUAUGUUUUACAUGACUAUACAUAUUAUAUAAACGUUGAAUCUGGUCUUACUGUUUAGUUGAAAAUAUAUCAAAACUAUUGCUUACUGUUUAAGUCCAUAGUUUUGUGCAAGAAAUAAUGUUUCCUACAAUAUGUUGCAUAAUGUUUAGUUUAUUAAAUUCUGUAUUUCCUAACAUGACAAUACCUAAUCCGUAGUGAUGGAAAAAAGCGGUGUUAUUUUUAUGCCAAUUUUGUUUCAAUAAUCAGAAAUUGCGGUGUUUUGUGUUUUUAAAGGAAAACAUAUUUUAAAAUGAUAUUUUAAAAAAAAGAAAAUUUUUUACUACCGCUACUUACAACAUUUUCUUGAAAAGUUUAAAGCACUGUACUGAUGAUCACAAAUUUAGAACAAAAUUUAUUUGUGCACUCUUACGUUUAUAUUAUUCUGAUUACGAACAAUUAAAAAUUAAGAAAUGAAUGCUAUAUGUACAAAAUUUUUGUUACAAUUAAAGUGGUUAAACUUUAGUCAUGUUAACGCUGCACACUACAGGUCUUGUUGUCUUGUGCCCUCGGCACCUAACUUCACUUUCAUAUGAUGCUUACUAGCAACAUGUUUGACAACAGUGUCCCUUCUCUCCUAAUCAACUCAGCAAUUUCACCAUUUGCAGAACAAAAUGUUGUUGGAAACGUACAGCCCUUCCGAUUUAAAUUCCGUUGCCCGCGAUAAGCAAGAUGCUUUAAAUUUUGGCAUCGCUAUAUUGGGCCUAGCAGUAAAUAAGUCGAAACCUACAAGGAUUCUUCUUUUACUUAAACUGCCUGCCCGUGUAAACUUUUGCAAAAGUAUAGAAUAUUAAUGAACACGGAAAAUUAACUAGGUAUCCCUAAAGAUAACAAACGUCACGCGUUGUUUUGCUAACGAAAAAUUGGUACGUUGGUACGUAUACUAUCGCUGUGCUCGCUGCUAGCGCAUUCAAUUGUCUUCCGUUGCAAUCUGGCGUCAACGAAAACAAACGAAUAUCGAGUUAAGAAUUCGGGAUGGCGUAAUAAAUGUUUACAAAAACAUUAUAUAACAUUUUUUCGGUACCAGGUAUUCGAAAAGAACUAAUUUAGCAGUGGAGUAAAGCAAUGAAAAAUUUAAUAAACAGAAAAAUUAUGUUGUAUUCUAUUGUGAAGCGAAGGGGAAGGAGUAAGGACUGCUGUGUGUAAAUAUGGAGGCUGCCGGCUGAAUAAGUACUGCAAUGAGUAAUUUUCUAAAUUGAUAGGCGUAAUGUUUCUGGCAAAUGGAAGAUGCUAAAAGACAGCAAAGGUGUUUCAAAAUAAGUGGUACUUCCAACCUAAUGUGUGAACAUCGUAUUUUGUGACAUAGCGCACAUAAUACUUUAUAAAGUUGCAAGAAAUUCAUAUUUUAACAUUUUUUUUCAGAGAUUUUUAGAACUUCUCAUUUUAUAGUUAUAAAAAUCUUUUUUCGCGAAAAUUCGCGGAAAAAUCGUUACACCAUUUUUCCCAAUCUCUACUAAUCCGUCAAGUUUAAAAUGACAUGACCUGCCUGGUCACUUCAAGCUGAUCUCUGACCUCCAUUAAGGGGCCCACCUAGUGAGGUGUUAGUGAGGCGGGGUGUAAGUGCGGCACUCGCUGGUAUGUUUAAUGCUGUAUCACCUCUAAGCGCAAGGCUCUGAACUGGCCCAGUCUCUCGUCGUCCAUAGGGCAAUAUGCUAUUUGAUGACAACCAUAACAUUAUAUGAUGGAGAAAUGAAGAUAAAGGUGUAAGACAAGUCCCAUGAGUGUUUUCAAGAAUCUGUACCAGAUGUUUCAUGCGUAAUAAUUAUUUUGGAAAAAAAAAUACAUUUUAGCUAUUUUCACUUUUUCGUAAAAAUACAGGUUAAAAUCGAAAUACGGGAACUCACCCCAAUCUGAUAUGUGAGUAAUUUUCAUAUUGUGUGUUUUUUUUUUGUUUUUUUUUUCGGAAGUGCUGCCCAUGUAGGCAGGGUCCUUAAGGAUUUUGAUAGUCUCCAUGUUGCUGCAAGGGAUCCAUUCUCUUGAGGAUUCACUUCUGGGCUGAGAGCGUGAGCCGCUUCCCAUUUCUCUGCAUGGAUAUGGUGCUGCAAUGUCAUGUGUCUGAUGCCAAACAAUUAAUACAAAAAAAUUUAUAUUUUCAGAUUGUAGGCUAUUGUGGUUGGAGUCACCAAGUACUCGGCUUCAGGCGGCCUCUGAAUAAUCUGUAGUUUUUCCAGACGUUUCAGUGUGCCAUGUUACAGGAUGAUCUAAAACUCGCCAAACUGUGAGAAAACCUUCAAUUGUACACAGUGGCUGAUGCGUGGGGAAGGGGAUAGGGGAAUUUGGGCAAAGAAUUUGUGAAAUAUCAGUGAAGGCAGUACUAAUGUUGUUUUGAGUGAUGCAAGGUGAGUUGUAUGAGAAUUCAUGUUGUGUUUGGUACUUAUGUAGGCUCAUGUAUCAGUGUUAUUGUCAGUAGUAAUGUAAGUUUUUUGAGCACUUGAUUUAAAAUUUAAAAUUGAAAUUUAUUUUAAUCCCCCGUCCCAUUUUUUUAUCAAAAAACUUUCUAUAUUUGCAACUGGUUUUUACAAACCUAUCUUCCACCUAGAAGCCAAGAAGUUAAAAAUUAUUUUUGAAUAUUCAGUUUCUACAGUAAGGAAACAGGUGAACAAAUUAAUAAAAUGCAUUUUUCUGAGAUCGUUGUAGUAUAAAAUGAAUGUACAUGUUACAUUUUUCUGUAUUGUGUUGUUUCUUUUGAACAUGAGUGCUUUGCAAUACAUCGCAGCAACAGGAUUGACAGAAAAGAUUUCUCUCGUGAGAGCGAAAUAACCUCUCUUUACUGACCUCUGUAGUAGAUGACGCAAAUUAUUGUAUUAUUAUGUUGUGUGUGGAUUUAUAUUAUGUACUGUUCACUGUCAAUUAUAAUUAUAUGCAGUAGUGUAUUUAGCUACUAUAUUUUAAAGUUUUUUUUUUUUUACUAUAUAAUGUUGAUUCAUGGUGGGGUUUACCAAAUAUCACGCAGACUUGUGUGGUUAUGUAGUAGGACUGAAUAAAGGUCCCAUUUUUCAUUGGA